CAAAUGUUACAUGGUUAAAAUCACUCUUCAAUAAAAAAUAACAAUGUUAAGUUUACUACAAAAUAACUUUGUAUCUUUUCACAGCGCUGCCAAUAUAAAAUGUGGGGAAAUAUUUUGUCAAAGCUCAACAGAUUUUACACUCAUUUGUAAUUUCUGUGAAAUAAAAAGUUUUAACUUUGACGACUUUGUAAUUCAUAUGAAAAAUAUACAUUUCGAUGAAGACUUAAUAAAAACCCAUGAUAUAGCAAAAGUUGAAUCAGCAGUUGUUAAUCUAGAGGCAGUCACUGAAAAUGAACCUAGUAGUGAAGAAGAAUAUGAGGAAGAAAUUAAAUCUGGCAUAAUUAAUUGGAAAAUAAGUAAGGAGGAGAUUACUGCCAAUGACCAUAAUGAAAAUAAUUCAUGGCCAGUUACAGACUGUAGUACAGAAACUGAAGAAGAAUAUAUCCCAAAGAAAAAGAAAAAUAAACCAAAAACGCAUAAAUGUGAAAAAUGUGAGAAAACAUAUAAAAAUAUAACACAAAUGCGCAUACAUAUUAAACGUGAACAUGGCCCCGAGGAUGAUGAAAGUGCUGAAACUGUUAUAAAUGUCAAAUGCGAAGAAUGCGAUCAAACAUUUGCUACACGAAAAAAGCUAGAGGAGCACAUGGGCAAAAAACAUAUCGUAUUUAAAUGUAGCCACUGUGAUAAAGAGUUCAAAUAUCGACAUCUAUUAAAUAGACAUGAAAUCGUACACAGUGGAGUAAAAAAUUUUGUUUGUGAUUUUGAGAAUUGUAAAAAGCGUUUCUUUACCAAGCGUCAUUUAACAAGUCACAAGCAUUUACACACGGAUAUGAAAAAUUUCAUAUGCGACAAGUGCGGUUACGGUUGUAGAAAUAAGGAAACACUUGUUAUACAUUACCGUACGCAUACUGGAGAAAAGCCCUACACAUGCAAUAUAUGCCAAAAAGGAUUUGCCUCCUCUUCACUAGUAAGCGAACAUAAAGCAUCACACGCGACUGACCGGCCGCAUAUAUGUGAUGUGUGUGGGGCGACAUUUUCACGACCGAAAGCAUUAUAUCAUCAUAAGUAUUUACAUUUAGGAAUUAAAAAGUUUGUUUGUAAAAUAUGUGGGAAGGCUUACGCACAGGCUGCUGGACUUGCUGCUCAUAUGAGAAAACAUAGAGAAAGUUGGAUACAAUAACUUCUAUUCAUAAAAUUUAAAUAGAAUUUUAUUUAAUAGAGUAAA